UUUGGGGGGGGGGGGUUUCGUGGUUGAAUACUGGAGCACGAAUGAAGCAAUCAUCAUUGACCAUGUUAGUGCACACAACCACUAUAAAGUGAAGGUUUAAUUUGACCCCCGGAAAUUACCUGGUAUAUGGUUCAGUAACCAACCCUCACUACUACACCCCCUGAUCGGAGAUAUUGGUGUGUGUUCAAAUAGCUACUUAAUAAAAGAGGGAGUGUUAAGUUGUGACUAAAAUUCAUUAAUCACAUGAUGUUUCACCAUAAUUUAUCAUAAUAGUUGCAGCAGCAAAGAUGUACUCCCUUAUCCUAGUAGCCUUGGCUCUGUGUCUUGCUCCUGCAUCCUCAGCAGACAAGGUGGUGGUGGGAUUCUAUGCUGAAGCACUCUGUCCUUACUGUCUGGAACUGAGCAAUGGACCACUGACGGAUGCUUUUAAGCAGCUCCCAGAUAUAUUCACCCUGAAAUACGUCCCCUGGGGCAAUGCAAAGAUAAUGAACAAUAGCAAGUUUGAAUGUCAGCAUGGAAAGAUGGAGUGUGUCAUGAACACUGUCAUGGCCUGUGUCCUCAACUACUACCCUGAUCAGAUGCAGUUUUGGCCAUUCUUGCACUGUAUUGACCAGUACAAAGAGAAACAGGAUCUCAAGAAAGCCGAGAGUUGUGCGUCUGAGACCAAACUAGACUGGGACCAGAUCAACGCCUGUCAAUCCGGAGACAUGGGGCACAAGCUUGAGCUGAUGUUUGCCAACAUGACAAGCCAACUCAACCCCCCUCACAAGUAUACCCCCUGGAUCACCAUCAAUGGAGAGCAUAACACCAAUGCUGAGAAUGAUGGUAUGGUCAAAGAGAUCUGCAGUGCUUACACUGGCAGCAAUGUGCCAGCUGCCUGCAACAAGACUGUGUGAUCCAAGAGGCAAAGACUACUUGAACAGAAUGUUGUAGCAUAGGUAAUAAAUAGUACACUAUUGACUAUAAACUAGAUCUAGCUAUGGACUAACAUGUAUUUAUGCUGACUUUUAUUGUUGACGAUCGUUACCACAAAUAA